CCGGUUUGGGCCGCCCCGCCUGGCUCUGCUGGGAGGAGCCGCCGUCAGCCGGUGCCUCGGUCCCUCCCUCGGGACUCCCGCGCGUCCGUCCGGGCCCGAGGGCCGAGAGAGAGCGCGAGCCGGCAGGCGGCCGUCGGGGCAGGGCGCCCGCAGGGAUGGGGGGCGAGCGGCAGCAUUACUACGGGAAGCAUGGAACACCACAGAAGUAUGACCCCACCUUCAAAGGACCCAUUUACAACAGAGGCUGCACAGACGUCAUUUGCUGUGUGUUCCUCCUCCUGGCCAUUGUGGGCUAUGUGGCCGUAGGCAUCAUAGCUUGGACUCACGGGGACCCGCGAAAAGUGAUCUACCCCACUGAUAGCCGAGGCGAGUUCUGCGGGCAGAAGGGCACGAAAAAUGAGAACAAACCCUUCCUGUUUUAUUUCAACAUUGUGAAGUGUGCCAGUCCCCUGGUCCUGCUGGAAUUCCAGUGUCCCACCCCCCAGAUCUGCGUGGAGAAAUGUCCUGACCGUUACCUCACCUACCUGAACGCUCACAGAUCCCAGGACUCUGAGUACUACAAGCAGUUCUGUGUGCCUGGCUUCCAGAACAACAAGGGUGUGACUGAGGUCCUCCGAGAUGGAGACUGCCCCGCCGUCCUCACCCCUAGCAAACCCCUGGCCCAGCGGUGCUUCCCAGACAUCCAGAGCCACAAGGGGGUCCUCAUGGUGGGCAACGAGACAACCUAUGAGGAUGGGCACGGCUCUCGGAAAAACAUCACAGAGCUGGUGGAAGGCGCCAAGAAGGCCAAUGGAGUCCUGGAGGCCCGGCAGCUGGCCAUGCAGAUAUUUGAAGAUUAUACAGUCUCCUGGUACUGGAUUAUCAUAGGCCUGGUCAUCGCCAUGGUAUUGAGCCUCCUGUUCAUCGUCCUGCUGCGCUUCUUGGCUGGCAUUAUGAUCUGGGUGAUGAUCGUCAUGGUGAAUUUGGUCCUAGGCUACGGAAUAUUUCAUUGCUACAUGGAGUACGCUCGACUGCGUGGCGAGGCCGGCUCUGACAUCUCCCUGGUGGACCUUGGCUUCCAGACGGACCUCCGCGUGUACCUGCACUUGCGGCAGACCUGGAUGGCCUUCAUGAUCAUUCUAAGCAUCCUCGAGGUUAUUAUCAUCUUACUGCUCAUCUUUCUACGGAAGAGAAUUCUCAUCGCCAUUGCACUCAUUAAAGAAGCCAGCAGGGCUGUGGGAUACGUGAUGUGCUCCUUGCUGUACCCACUGGUCACCUUCUUCCUGCUGUGCCUUUGCAUCGCCUACUGGGCUAGCACUGCUAUCUUUCUGUCCACUUCCAACGAAGCUGUCUAUAAGAUCUUCAAUGACACCGCUUGCUCAGUUGCUGGGAAAACCUGCAACCCUGAGACCUUCCCCUCCUCUAAUGAAUCCCGCCUGUGCCCUGGAGCCCACUGCCAGUUCGCCUUCUACGGUGGUGAGUCAACUUACCACCGGGCCCUGCUGGGCCUGCAGAUCUUCAAUGCCUUCAUGUUCUUCUGGCUGGCCAACUUCGUGCUGGCGCUGGGCCAGGUCACGCUAGCUGGCGCCUUCGCCUCCUACUACUGGGCCCUGAACAAGCCGGAUGACCUGCCUGCCUUCCCACUCUUCUCUGCCUUCGGCCGGGCGCUCAGGUACCACACGGGCUCUCUGGCCUUUGGCUCCCUCAUUCUGGCCAUCGUGCAGAUCAUCCGAGUGAUACUCGAGUACUUGGAUCAGCGCCUGAAAGCUGCGAAGAACAAGUUUGCAAAGUUCCUCAUGACCUGUCUCAAAUGCUGCUUCUGGUGCCUGGAGAAAUUCAUCAGAUUCCUCAACAGGAAUGCCUACAUCAUGAUUGCCAUCUACGGCACCAACUUCUGCACCUCAGCCAGAAACGCCUUCUUCCUGCUCAUGAGAAACAUCAUCAGGGUGGCUGUCCUGGACAAAGUUACCGACUUCCUCUUCCUGUUGGGCAAACUUCUGAUCGUGGGUAGUGUGGGGAUCCUGGCUUUCUUCUUCUUCACCCACCGAAUCAGGAUCGUGCAGGACACAGCACCACCCCUCAAUUAUUACUGGGUCCCUAUACUGACGGUGAUCAUUGGCUCCUACCUGAUUGCCCAUGGCUUCUUCAGCGUCUAUGGCAUGUGUGUGGACACACUGUUCCUCUGUUUCUUGGAGGACCUGGAGAGGAACGAUGGCACCGCUGAGAGGCCUUACUUCAUGUCUCUCACCCUUAAGAAGCUUUUGAACAAGACCAACAAGAAGCCAGUGGAGUCCUAAAGGCCCUGCCCUCCUACCCCUCCCAGGAAGUCUCACAAUGGGUGUUUGGCAGCUGGGUCAGAACCCCCAGCCCAUCGGGUUGACCUGAAGUCCUAUCACUGCCACCCCCUUCCUGCCCCUCCCCAUCAUCCAGUUACCACGUUUCCGGGAACCUGGAGGAUUUGUGGGAUCUCCUCCCUAUGCCAAGGGCCAGUACGCGUUUUCACGGCCGCCGCCCCCCCCCCCCCCCACUACCCAAGACUGUGUGAUGAGUCUCUCCAGCCCCCACUGGCCCAGAUGCGAAGCCCAGCGAGGCUUCUCGAUGUCUGACAUGCACGGGCCCUCUGCGGGCUGCCCCCUGCUUCCUGUCCCCCUCUUAUGACAGGACAGCGUUUGUGUCUGCAGCAGCGGUGGCCACAGGAAGGCCACCUUUCACUUGCGUCUGCUCCGGCCAGGAUGCCAGGACCCUUCUCCGGGGCUGAACAAUUGGCUACCGGCUGCUGCAGGCAUUUAUUAUUAUUUUUUUUAAGCUGGACAUGCGUUAAAGGGUCUGUUAAAGGGUCUUUUU